AUGCCUAUCCGAAUUGGAGGAACUACCCAAGAUAGAGCUACCUACGAUCCUGAUCUUAAAGGUUACGUUUCAUAUAGUGUCAAUGACCCUCUGGAGGCUCCCAUGAGUCUGACCUAUGGGCCCAAGUUCUUUGACUUGAUUAAGAAGUUCGGAAGCGAGACUAUUCUUGCCGUUUUGAAAGCUAAGGAAAAGGUGGCCAAGUACCUUUGGGCAAUUGAACUCGGAAACGAGCCAGACUUAGCCGAAGCGCCCUGGAACGAGACUCAGGAGGGCAAUAACGCAGCUGACUGGGCCCAAGAUUUUAUCAAUCACUGGAAGAGCCCUCUUCCCAUCUUGGCUGGCGGCGGAUAUGCCAUCCCGUUCGAGAUUGAACCCGACUGGCCUAAUCUUCUCUAUCUAAUUGAAAGCAGCUAUAACAAGACAGUCAAGGAUGCUACCAAGGUGUACAAUGGCCACUUGUACGCAUUUUCAAAUGCUACCGCCGAUGACCUGGGCCCAGAAAUGAAGCAUCAGAGGGUUGUUCAGGACCUGAGUCUGCUGCCCAUCUCCAGCGCUAAGGCCGCCGGAAGGCCAUAUAUCCUAGGCGAGACAGGAUUCCAUGGGCUCGACUACGAGAUGGAUUCGACUUUUGGAUCGGCCAUUCAGACAACUGACAAGACUCUUCGCGCAUUGACCCUCGGAAUUCAGCGACUGUUCUACCACCAAGGCACCAUUAACCAAGCCUUCUUCAACUGGUGGUGGAGUGGUCAUGUCAACGCCCCAUUCUAUGGUGCCUACUUCGGUGCUCUCGCUGUAGCUGGGGGAGACUCCAUCGUUGCCAGCGAUGAUGGCACUGACCCCUAUGCUCAAUACAUCGUGUAUAAGAACGGCAAAUCAUUCAAGGUCGUCUUGAUCAAUACGGACUACUACUCUGGAGGUGGCACGCGCUCUGAAACCAAGUUCACUCUUACUGGACUGAAGAGCAAUUCGGUCAAGGCCCUUCGUAUGACCGCACCAAGCAGUGAAACAACUGUACCUGUCACGCAAACCAAGUCAUCUCCCCAACCUAGCAUCGGAGGUCAAUCCUUCUCAAACAAGAACUGCAAGUUGAGCGGAAAGCAAAACGCUGAAAGGCUUUCAGUCAAGAAGGGCAAGUUGGAAGUGACUCUGAAGGCUUCUGAAGCACUGAUUAUUUAUCUCUGA